ACUUUAGAAACGUUUAUGAUGUGUAUGAAAUGCACAAAUGUAGCUUAUUUGUGGUUUGCAGAAAUGUACAAUGCAUUUUUUUCUGGUGACUUUGCUGUCUCUUGUUAGUUUGAUGAUGGUUUCUUUCUUGUUAGUCUUCGAGCUUGCAGCGUAUCCGCCUGUCCAUUUCCAUCCCAUUUAGUUUUGGUGUAAAGUCAUUAGAUUUCUUGGCGUCUUAUAAUGUUUGUUGGCUCUUCUCUGCCUCCAGAUUUCAAACUCUAGACCCCAGUCUUCCACACUCGAGAGUGUUUCUUCAUCUCGGAGACUAAAUGCAACUGGACCAGGGGGCUUGUGGGCAUGAAGUGGCUGGGCGAAUCCAAGAACAUGGUAUUAAAUGGCAGACGACACGGAAACAAGUUGACCAGCGAGCAACACGCGAGCCAGACUCGCUCUCAGCACUCACAGCGGACGUCCCUGCGCCACAACAAGAACAGAAGCCGGCGAUGUAGCCGCCGGUUUAAUGCAGCCAGUCUGGAGGCAGAGCGGCGCUAUGUGCCCUCCUCAGGAAUGACUGCCAAGGAGUUGUGUGAGAACGAUGACCUGACCACGAGCCUCAUCCUGGAUCCGUACCUGGGCUUUCAGACUCACAAAAUGAACACCAGAUUUCGACCAAUCAAGGGAAGACACGAGGAGCUGAAGGACGUCAUCGAGCGCUUCAAGAAACACGACAACUUGGAGAAAGCUUUCAGAGCUCUGACCACCGGAGACUGGUCCCGAAAUCUUUUCCUCCACAAGACGAAAGCUCAAGAGAAGCUCUUCAAGCAGCAUGUGUUCGUGUAUCUGCGGAUGUUUGCCACAGACAGCGGCUUUGAGAUUCUCCCGUGUAAUCGAUAUUCAUCGGAGCAAAAUGGAGCUAAAAUUGUGGCAACAAAGGAAUGGAAAAGAAACGACAAGAUCGAGUAUCUGGUCGGGUGCAUCGCCGAGCUCUCAGAGAGCGAGGAAAACUUGCUGCUCCGUCACGGAGAGAACGACUUCAGCGUCAUGUACUCAACCCGCAAGAACUGUGCGCAGCUGUGGCUGGGACCAGCUGCGUUCAUCAAUCACGAUUGUCGACCAAACUGCAAGUUUGUGUCGACAGGACGGGACACGGCCUGCGUGAAGGUUCUGAGGGACAUCGAACCGGGAGAGGAAAUCUCGUGUUAUUACGGAGACGGGUUUUUUGGGGAAAACAAUGAAUUUUGUGAAUGCUAUACGUGUGAACGGCGGGGCACUGGUGCUUUCAAAUCCAAAGCUGGCCUGCCAGUGGAAGUGCCGGUGAUCAACAGCAAGUACGGGCUGCGGGAGACGGACAAGCGGCUCAACAGGCUGAAGAAGCUGGGGGAGGGAAACCGGAGCUCCGACAGUCACUCUGUAGGCUCCCACACCGACGUCGACUCUCAGGAAAUGCCAAAAACACAUCAGUCAGCUGCCAGAAAAAGAACAUCAUCAUCAUCAUCUGGCCUGAAGUAUAAAAACAGGACUCAAUCCAGACAGACUUUGUCCAGAGCCCUAACUACCUCAUGUUCAAAACAAGGUCGUGUUAACAAUAACAGGGUACCAAAGAGACUAAAAUCCCAAUCCAAGCCUUCACUAAGUAAAGUCCAGUUGCGGAGUCGCAGGCGGGGUGCGGAGCCCAAGGCGUUGGCCAAAGGGGAGACUUGCCAGCUGGGUCUCAGGGACUCAAAGGUGUCGCUGUGUAAAGGCGUCACCGUGAAGAAGGAGAAGGACGGACAGGAGCUGGUGCAGCAGACGUUAGGCCAGCGGGGCUGCCUCACCCGCAACGCCGUCAAAGAAAACGGCAAUCUGCAGCACGUGCAGGGCAGCGAGGGCAGCCAGUGUUCAACGUACAGAACUCGCAGGUCCACACGGACCCUGGUCAAAGCCCAGGAAACGGCCGCUGGCUUUAAGCUGGAGCCCAGCGCGAUGGACGGCUUGAGCCCAGUCCCUGGUGGAGUGGUCAUCAAAACGGAGCCGGCUGACAUGGAGGAGUACCUCCGCCACGGAGCGGGACUGGAGCCGCCGCCGUUAGACCCCGGCUACACCAGGAGAGGCUCGUGCACCAGGCGGAAACGGCUGACACGGCUCAGGACUGAGCGGACGAUUAAACGCGAGGACUCGUACGGUGAGCCGUUCAUGCCGGUGGCCGGUGGCCACGCCGCCAACUUCUCAGACUGUGGUAACGUGCUGCUGAGCUUCGCCGACCGGCACCGGGACUACAACGGGGUUUCCAACGGCGGAAAAUCCCUCCGCAGGGACAAGGGUAAGAGCGGCUGUCGGUCGCAGGACAAGGGGAAGAAGAAGCGUCAGAUCACACGAUACGACGCUCAGCUGAUCCUCGAAAACAACACGGGCAUCCCCAAACUGACGCUCCGCCGGCGGAGGGACAGCAGCAGUAGCAAGACCAACGACGCCAACGACCCCAUCGGCUCCUCCAACCUCUCUGCCUCCACGGUCAACUCGGCCUCUUCCAGCAAAAUCAGCAUCAAGUUCAGCAAGGACCACGACAAGGACAAAGGCAGCUCGUACAUCGCCAAGCUGAAUAACGGCUUCGCCCCGGUGGUCCACAGUAACGCCACCAAGCUGAAGAUCCAGCUGAAGAGGGAGGACGAUGCUCGGAGAAUAUCCCAGACCAAGGCCGACCAGAUGUCCUAUAACGGGGACAUGGGCCCGAGUCUGGAGGCCAGGAACGGUGGACAUCGGACACAGAAGGUCCUGGCGGAGCCGUCGUCCGAAGAGGACGACGACGAGGAGGAGGAGGAUGACGACGACUACUUCGACAACGAGUUCGAAGACGAUUUCAUUCCACUUCCUCCAGCGAAGCGCCUCCGACUCAUCGUGGGCAAAGACUCCAUAGACAUCGAUAUCUCCUCCAGGAGGAGAGAGGAUCAGUCUCUGAGGCUCAAUGCAUAAGCUGUGGAGCUCGCCGCUCCCCCCCACCCCCCCACCUGUAAAUAAGGACGACUCGCUAAUCAACUGUUGUGUUGAUGUAAAAGAAGUACAGUAAUUUAAAAACAAAAAAAUUGCUGAAAAAGUAAGAAUGAACGUUAAUAGAAGGUGCUGUUGACCUAAAACAAAUCUCUGUUGUUCACUUGUGUUCAUUGUUGAGUUUCUUGUGUAAUUUUAGUUGUUAUGAAAACAAAUUAUAUUAAUUAAUUAAGCUAAAAUUUACUCACUCAGUCCUUUCAAUCUGCACACGAUGCUAAAUGUUCCCUGCAGGAAUCUGACCGAACGCCCUCGUGUUGUUUCUGAAUAAUCUGGCCCAAAGUGAAAAACGAGAAUUUGUUUUAAGUUCAACUCUUCCUUUGAGUGAAUGCACUUGUUAUAUUCAUAACGGACAUGGAUAUUGUAGAAAGUGUACAGUAUGGUGACUAUCCCCUCUGUCUCAUAGGCAGGUUUUUAUGAAACGUUUGAUUUCUGUCUCAUAGUUUGUAAUUUUCGUGUGAUGAUGAACCUCGCUGAGCGUACGGCGGCGUGGUGUGGUUGGUCCAGAGGCAUUAUGCGAUCAGUCCGUCGCUUCAUUUGGAGUCGGGAGCCAUGUUUUCAUUAUCUCAGCAGUUCUGGUGAAGAA